AGUAGGCUGAUCCACACCAGUGGACUUCAAAUAGGCUUUGGGUUGCUGUAUUCUAAAGGACAGCGAGAAUCACUUGAUGAUUAGUUUGUCAGCAUAAUGGCAUCUGUAAACAGAACCAGUAAAUUAAUUGAAAAAUUUAAAGCAGACAAACAACAUCUGCUGGAGAAGAUAAAUGAAAAGCGUGAAUCUAACUGCUUGGUGGAAAGAAGCAACCAAAUCAGCUUACUGCGAGUUCAAAAGAGGCAUUUCAGUGGUGCCUACAAGUCCCUUCCCCACGCCCAAAUCAAAGAACCUGUUCCUGACAGCGGCAGGAGCUCCUGGGUCAAACUGAGUCUCCUUGUUCACAGGGAGAAAAGGCACUUUCCACUAAAAAAUAAUGCCAUAUUUGGAUAAAGUGCAUCUCCAGAGACACAGAAAAAACAAUCUCUUUGAUCCUACUUCAAUGUCUGUCUAAAUUAUUUACAAAUAUUAAUUAUAAAAGAAGCCAAGGAAAACUAUUCACUAGAUCACCAAGAAAAUACUGAAUCACGUAAAACAUAUUUCAUCUUCAUUCCAUCAUUUAGACUUAGAUGUUUUGAGGAGAGAAUUUGAGUUAUUAAAGAUACUUUCA